AUGCGCGGCUUCGCCGAGGACCUGCUGGUCAAAGACAUGUCUGGCGCAAGGCCCAUGAUGGAUAAGUUGGAGAGUGAGGGCUGGCGACGUGGCCGAACUCUGUUUGUCGUCGAUGCCGAGACAGGGGGUUCCGCCGAAGGGGUUCUCAGAGAGUGUGGCUACGUAGAAGCGGGCACGAUCCCGGACUAUGGAACCAGCCCCAGCGGCCGGAAGAUGGGCGGGAUUUUCUUCUACAAGGAGCUGCGUGCGCCUGAGGUUUCUGGAUUGGCGAUGGAUAUGAACAUGACAGCGGACGAAGUUCGUCCCUGGGAGCUGUGA